CCUGUUCGCAUGAGAGUGGGGAAUGACGAUGAGACGCCGCGACCAGAGUCGUCAUUGUAGACUUGUUACUUGACUCUAACUUGACUUGACUUGGGUUAAUUAUCUUGGUUACCUUGCUUCCAUUUCUUUCUUCAGCCUCGUCUUGUGGUUUCAUUUUGAAUCGCCUUCAUCUUCAACACCACUCAAUCACUUCAUCAACACAGACGCAGACUCGCCCAUCAUGGCGUCGUCAUCGACUCCUGCAACUCCCUUACUCUACUCCUGUAUCGCGCACAAUACCACGAUCCUCUCAGAAUGCACAACAUCGGCCUCCUCCCAAACCUCAUCCCUCGCCUCCCUCAUCCUCCCCAAGAUCGAGCACACAAACCCUCAAAAGCUCACCUACACCCACGGCCAACACCAAAUCCACUAUGUCUCCGAAUCUCCAUCUGAACAUCGCGAUUACCCUUCCGCAGGCGGUCUAACAUUCCUCGUCAUCGCCGACUCAUCCCUCGGCCGUCGCGUACCAUUCGGUUAUCUCUUCGAAAUCCGCAAGCGCUUCCUGCAGCAAUUUCCCGAGAGCACUGACUUCUCCGACAUGCCCAACUACGGCGCAGCAUCGUUCAACUCGGAACUGAAGUCUCUUAUGAUCGAAUACGGUACUACAAGCGGAGGUCGCGACGACGCUAUCGGAAACGCCAAGCGCGAGAUCGACGAUGUUAGGGGGAUUAUGACCAAGAACAUUGAGAGUCUUCUUGAGCGCGGCGAAAGGCUGGACUUGCUGGUUGACAAGACGGACCGUCUCGGUGGUAGCGCACGAGAGUUCCGCGUGCGCAGUCGUGGCCUCAAGCGCAAGAUGUGGUGGAAGAACGUCAAACUCAUGGCACUCUUGGCACUCGUAGUAUUCCUCAUCAUCAUGGCUAUUGUGAUCGCCGUCAAGAAUGGGUCUGGUUAAGGUAGGGUUUGUGAGCGUGGAGCCAUUCCUUUUAAUUAUUUCCUUCUCGUUUGAAACUGUGUAUUUCCUAGGCGAACAGAUGGGACGGACAACCCGGGCAAAAGGGUAUAAUUAUGCAACAAAGUCCUCUUUUCAAUCAAACUGAUACCCCCAUAUCAAUCCAUCUCUCAACGUUGUCGUAAUCGUGUAAAAGUGUCGUAAGCAUCCACCGCUUCAAACUCUUGGCGUCUCAUCUUUCGUCGCUGGGUAUUCAUCACCCAAAUGUGUAAAAUAAACCGUCGGUUUUGUCUCCGAUCCUCCAUUUAUGGUCUCAUAGCUUCGGUUUCCUUCUCUCACUUUCCUGAUACACAUAUCCCAGCGUCACGGGACUAACAACCGAUCCCGUAGCCAAAGAAGUUGGCGCUCUUCGGAACUUGUCUGUGAAAAAUGCCGGAUGUAGCGAAGAAGCGCAAGGAACAGGUUUCAGCGGCGGCGGUUGUGUCGCCGGAGGACAAGCAGCGCCCAUUUCGAUUAUUUUUUAUGGCGAACAAAUGAAGACAGAGACUAAAAUGACGAUGAGUUAUCACAUUGUCUGGGUUUUGGGGGACGUAGUAUUAAAGAGGCACGGUAGAUAUCUUACCUUGCGCCGAGGUCAC